UGGAUUAAAGUAUGUAUUUGGUUUUCAUUUGUUUUGGUUAUAGUUUAUGGAUAUAAAUUCUCGUUACAAGUUUCUAUUCUUUAUGAGAUUAGAAGGCUAGCAAGCAUAAGGAGGUUCUUAAGUGGAGGAGGUUCUUGGGUUGAGAAAUCAUUUUUUAUCACUUUGAUAUCAGAUUUAGAUAAGAUUUUUUUUCCGUUUGGUGACCAAAAUUCCUAUUGGUGACCAAAAUUUCAGUGUCCAAUAUUCCGUUUUUUGACUUGGUGACCAAAAUUCCGCUGGUGACCAAAAUUCCAAAAAAGUUGGUGACCAAAGUUCCGAAAAUCCUUGGUGACCAAAAUUCCGGUGACCAAAAUUCCGUACACCGUUUAUAUUAUUCAAUAAAUUUUGUAGUUUCAAGCGUUGGAUACUCAUAACUGGUUCAACAGACGGGUUUGGCCGUCAAUUGGCACAGGAAUUGGCAGCUAAUAUUCAUGAAAAUUUUGUUAUUAUCCAUGGUAGGAGUGAAAAGAAUUGCCAAAAAAUUGUCGAGGAAUUGGGAAUGGAACAUGAAAAAGCUUGGGAAUAGGAAACAAAGGAAUGUUGAUUUCGUAGCUGCUGACUUUUCGAAACUAUCUGAGGUAAUAUAUUAG